GACACCAACCGUAAUUGCGCCCAAUCAUUGCCGUAUUCGAUGGAUUGCCAAGCGAAACUUCCGCCGCCAGUGCUCAACAUACAAUCUUCGGCCACCACCGGCGAAGAUCAUGCUGAGGAUUCCAGCAAACACCAAGGACGCAAGCGUUCGUUCCCUCACGAACGCGGCAUAUGGUCCAGCUACGUGUAUGUUGACUACGGCGAAGCCGAUGCAUUGGUGCGUCUGCAAGAGGAGUGGAUCAAUGUGCUUCAAACGUACCACUUGUUUGACUUUCAACCCAUCGAUCGCAUGCAUCUUAGCCUCACGAAAACCUUCACCAUCCGGCACCACAACAUUGCCCCAUUCGUUAGCAGUCUACAGGAACUCGUCGGCGCCUGUCAACGCUUCCGGCUCGAAUUUGAAGGGGUUGGCGUUUACGCGAACGAGGAGCGCUCGCGUACGUUCAUUGGCGUGCGCAUAGCCGAGGUGUCCUGCGUACCGCUCAACACCCUGGUGGGUAAGCUUGACGAGUGCCUGCGAGAAUACAAACUGCCACCGUUCUACACCGACCGAUCGUUCCACAUAAGCCUGCUGUGGAGUUUGGGCGAUCAGCGGGAAGCGAUCUGCAAAGUGCUACCGAAGCUGACGCAACUUUUCGACGACACUUACGAGGAAGAAUACUGUGAUUUAUCUCAAGCAACCAGAACACUAUCGUUUAAGUGUGGAAAUAAAUUUUAUCGUUUGCCACUUGCGUGUCAGAAAUGA